CACCCUCCCACCACCACACAAACCCCCCUCCCCCCAAAAUGUCAUCCCCAAAAGGCCAAGGAGGUACUUCCACCCCCCAAUCCCCCAUCCUCAUACCCCCUAUCCCCAACAUUCCUCACGACCCGACCCCUCCACCCCUCCAAAGCUCCCCAAAAAGAAAGUACUAACAACAACCCAAAAAAACCAGUCGACAUAACCGCCCUCUCCACCCAACAACUCUCCCAAGUAAAAAAGCAAUUCGAAGACGAACUUACCCACCUCACAAACUCCUUCACGCAGCUGCGCGCCGCCCAGGCGCGGUUCAGGGAGUGUCUACGGAGUAUCGCGGGCGGGGUGAGUGGGAAGGUGGAAGGUAUGUUGCUUACUUCGCACUUUGCACUGGGGGAAAGGAUCUGGAGGAUAUGA